AUGGGUACUAAAUAUGAAAUGCCACACUCCUCGUUUCCUUAUAAAAUUCCGAGGCGAAUUCAGUGCCUUAGCGUACCGAGGAGGUAUUACAUGGAAUGCUACGAAGGAUCAAUGCCGCAGUACACGAAGACAGGCACAAGGCAAUCUGCUUUGACCGGGCGACUUGCUGACAAAAGUGCCGACAUAGCUUGGCCGUCUAUUAGACGUUUAUUAAUCUUGAAAAGGAUGUACAAAAAUAGAUUCAGUUCAGAGCGACUGGAACGUAUAGACAGAAUGAUUGAAGCGUCCAAUGGGACGGUUUACUCGAAGCUGGCUAAUUGUACGAUAGACCUUAAGAAAAUGGAUGGCAGGGAUUUAAAAAAGAAGAAAGGUUGGACCGAUACAGAGUGGAAAAGGAAAAUGGAAUACAUUUCACAAAUUGCUGAACCUAAAAAGGUGUUUGAGCCACCACCGGUAAAGCGAGGUAAAAGUAUGCCAUUGGAAGCUCUGAUGCCGAGGAUCGAGGAAAUGAGCGUACCGCCCAGCUCCAAGUGCUACAGGAGAAUGUCGCAAGAAGCCUGGUAUAGGAACCCAUUGAAGGUGGCGCCCAAUGCCCUGAAGUAUGUAAUAACGGACAGAACCAAGAAGCUAGCCGUUGCGAGAGCUGCCCCACCGGCAGACUAA